UAUAUAUAUAUAUAUAUAUAUAGAACUGUUCUUCAGACAGUUUCUUCAGUUUAUCACUUAUCUUAGUCUUGUAGUUGGAUGCUUCGAUAAAAUUAACAGGUAGUUUGAUUUUGUCUAAUAUAAAAUUUUGGAAUGAUGAACAUCUGUGAGCAAGGACAUUCAAGGUACCUCGCAGUAAACAUAUUACUUUAAAAUCCCUAAGUUAAGAGCCAAUAAUCUACACCUUUACUUAUACAAUCAGUGAUUACGGUGAGUCAAUGAUUAUCUAAUGUUACCAGUAGUACUUUUUGACUGAACUCCACUAGGCAUAAAUUCCCACUGGUAAUUAAAAAUAUUAAUCUCGAUGUUAACUAUCAGUAAGUUCAUAGAUAUUCUUUCAUUUGACCGUUUGUUUAGAUCUUUUUCUACCUAAUUUUAUGAUAGUCAUUCUGUGAAUAUUCUUUCAUGAUAAGAAACUGUUUAUCUAUUGAGUAGUCGUUUAAAAAAUAAUCGGUUAAUUUUUAAUACAUGUGCUCACAAGGGACUAUCUUCGUGUCAGGUAUAGACAGGUAUCUACUUCAAACAAUGGAAGAAAGCCGCACAAUUUCGUAGAUUGGUUGUAGUUAGAUAUUAAAAUUAUUAGAUACCGGCUGGCUCAAUAUUCUACAGGUCAAGUGUUCACAUGCACGACAGACGUUCACGGAUGGAUGCACACUGUUGAGGAGUCCCAUACAAAAAAACCUUUUGUACAUUGUAAUUCACAUGUUUAUGGAAUUCUAGGCAAAUCAAUUAUUCUUACCUGCAAUGUUGUCAGUUUUCUGGAAAUAAAUUUUACCUAUCCAAUAUGGUUACAUAAUGGUGAAUAUAUUACAAUAGAAGAUUCAUAUAGUAAUAAUAACAAUAUAUUGACAAUCAACUCAACCAUUGAAAAUUCCCAAUUCCCAAUGAUACUUACUCAGAAUUUUAUGUCUAAAUAUAAAAUUAUUCACAGAAAGUAUUCAUUUGGAUGGCUUAUUACUUUACGGAUAAAUAAUUUAGAUCUAAAUGAUGAAGGAGUUUAUCAGUGUACAUUUUCAAAUUUAAUGGGAUCAAGUUCAUAUGAGAUAAAUUUAUACUUAAACCAUAGAUUGACCAGAAAUGAAUUUAUCAUUAUGAUUGUCAGUUGUGUCAUUUCAUUACUGACUAUUCUUACAUUCAUUAUUGGUUUAUUAUAUAUUCAAAGAAAAUGUAAAUAUAUUGAAUGGUUUAAUCAUCAUUGUUUAUGUAAAAAAUGUAAAUUGACAUUGAAAAGAACAACCUACAAUAGAAAUGAAAGAAGUAGAUACAAUAAUAAAACAGUUGGAUACUUUACGGCAGUGGAUUUGUCAGAAGUUAUACAAAAUUCACUUAUUGAUGAUGAUCAUCCUAAUGUAAUUAAUAAUAAAGAAAUCAAUCAAUCGCUCAAUCAACCUUAUUCGAAUGAUCGCGUAGUUCCUAUGAAUCUACUUGAUGACUACGUAACAGGUAAUCCUAUUUUACAUGGACAACAAUCAACUUUACAUGAGAAAUUUUGUUGUGAAUAUACAAAUAAUACUUGUCAAAAUCAGUUGAACAAUGUCAAUAUUCUAUCUGAAUCAAAUUGUUCCACAUGUUCAAAUACAAAGCCUUUAAUUCUAACUAAUAAGAACAAUAAUGAUCAUGAUAGUUAUGUAUAUCAUUGUUGUGAAUUAAAACAAGAUCCUCUUCAAUCUAUAACCAAUUCAAUAUAUGAUAAUAACAAUCCUAAUUAUACAAUAAAAUGUCUUCAUAAUAAAUUUGAUUAUGAAUCUGUUCUUCAAAAUGAUGUUAAUAAUAAUAAUAAUAAUAAUAAUGAUUAUAAAUCAUUAAAUUUAAAUCAAACUCCUUUAUUGAAUUCAAUUUAUACAAAUGAGAUUUGUUUAAAUGAAUUAAUGUCCAAUUCAAUGAUCAAUAAUCCAUAUUUAUCUUAUUUUAAAUGUCAUACAAAAACAAAUCCAAUUCAAAGAUCACAUAAUACAUUACCUCAUCAUUCGUAAUGUGUACCUCGGUCUUCCUCUUCUCCAUUGGCCUUGAAAAUUUCAAGUGAAGGCUUGCUUUGUGACACAUUCGGGUGCUUUCCUCGAUGUGUGCCCUAUGCAGUUCCAGCGUUUCUUCUGGAUUUCUUCCUCCGCUGAAAUCUUGUUUGUUCUCUCACACAGUAAGUUGUUGCUGAUGGUGUCUUGCAAACGAGUCCGAACUAUUUUGCGUAGAAAACUGAUAAUCAACAGUUGUAUCUUCUGGAUGAUGGCUUACGUAGUACUCUAGUUUUCCGCCUCAUACAGUAGAACUGUUUUGACAUUUGUAUUGAACAUUUUGACAUUGGUGCUGGUUGACAGUUGUUUUUACUUCCAGAUAUUCUUCAUUCAUGAAUAUGUCUGCAUCAAAUCCAUCGUGUUCAUCAAUGAUGCUGACCAGAUUUGUGGAAGCAUUUACAUCCUUCAAAGUUUUUCCGUCGAGUGUGAUAUCAUAAGGGCAUUCUGAAAAUUUGAUUUGAUAUCAGGAUUUGAUUCUUUUGAAAUAUUUUCUUCCAAUUUAUUAGGAAUUUCCUUGGUGAGUAAUGGAUCAUUAGAAAAAUCAGCGUCUGUCAAAACUGCAUAAGGAUUUUGCUCAUGUUUGGAUUCAUUCGACAUACUUUCCUGAAAUCUCUAGGAAAUGUGUGAACCAUUACGACGAACUGAAACUGGUGCUAUAACAUGAGAAAAACGACAAGAAGUUGAUUGGUUAGAAACUUUUGUCUCACAAUCAUUCAGAAAGCCAUUUAAGUCUGGAUUGCUAUAUGACUGUAUACUGCUUUACGAAAUCAUGUAAAAAGAUAAUGUAGUGUCGGUUAUUAUGUUAAGCCCAUAUACCUUAUUCUAGCUUUUGAACAGCUCAUUCUAUUCAUCCUACUUGCGUCACAUUUUGACCAUGUUGAUUAUCCGCUUAUCAAUCUUGACUGUUUUUAUAUGAGCGCAUAGGUGUGUUUACAUUUCUUAUCGCAAUACUCAUCACAUGUCUGUAACUUACUUUUGUACAAGCAUAAAUACUGAUUAACGCUUGGUUAAAUGGGAGUUGGGUUACAAGCCAUCUCCACUCUGAGUAGUUUCUAUUCUCUCUAUUCCAUUCGCUUAAUAUACGAAAUAUAUGUAUUCACAUGUCC